AUGCCCGGAAUAGACUUGGAGCUCACGCUUUUUACACGAGACCUAAGCUCAUUAACGCUUGCCCACGAGACCAAACCGACGGAGACAUAUCUGACUCUUGGCUUUUCCGAUGCCUAUAAACUGGAAUACUACCGCGACAAAGAGGAGCAACAUGUGCCACUUGAGUACACUACGACACCUCCGAAAGGGUUUCACGUCCUCGAAUUCCACACGGAAGCAUCCAAUCUCGUGGUAACUCUGGAUGGCGACCUCCUUUUCCCAUCCUCGAGUGUUUACGCAGACACAGACGAGAUGAAAAUCUUUUGCACAGGACCAACAGGAAGCUCAAAGUUCGUAUUUUGGGAAAGCCACUUCACUGCAAGCGAGUAUCACCUGGUCCAGUUUGAACCACUUCUCGCCUUCAGGCACGAGAACCUCAGCAUCAGAAACGGGGGAUACGCCUUCAUAAAAGCCAAAUGGCGACAGGAUAUAGAUAUCAAAAUCACCAUCCCAUUGUUCAGUGCAUCUUUAAUCAAGACGAUUCGCUCCGUCGGAGAAACGGCUUUUUUGAUCAAGAUGUACAGCAUUGGAUACGCAUAUGGCUACGCAAACAAGAUCACCGGUGCAAUCUUGGACCACAGUUUGGCGAACAUACCACUAGACGGAUUUUACGUGGAGCCGCUGCCAAGUAACGUGAUUGAUUUCACAGUAGUAAGUAGCAAGAGGACACCGUGUGAAAGCCCAGCAUCCUAA